CAGGUGCGUGCUGUCAUCGUGCGACAGUCAUUCAAAAACACGCUAGUGUCGGAGCGGGACUGAGGGGAACCAGGCCAUAGCCAUUUACAUCGCGAUGAAUAAUAACAGAAAUGGAAGGACGCCAGACUACAGACACCUUGCCAUUGCUGCUACUGUUUUUAACCCUCUGUUGGGCAGCGUGGCGCUGACAACCAACGAGCUCGCCAAACGACGGCUAAGCAACAGCGAGCUGACGUCCGCCAACAUCUUCUACUUCGUCACCAUAUCGCUGAGCGUGUUCAGCAUCGGCAGCAUGGUCACCGCCGUCUGUAUGCUGUCCAUGCACGUCGUGCUGCAGCAGAGCCAGCCGCGACUUCAGGACGAGUCGCGAGUGGUGUUGAGGCAGCCCAACUGGUGGUGCAAGCAAGAGGUGGUCAGGCUGAACAUCACCAUGGAAACAGAUGUCUCCGUUGACAUGUUCUGUGACACAAACAAUAUGACUUCAUGGUUAAAUACAAUUGACAAAGCGCGACAAGCGGUGUUUAUAAAACAGACUUCAUUUGUAGUUCCUAACCUAAAACUAAAAAGUAAAAGUAAGAAACAAAAACAACAAAAACAUGAAUGAAAAAGAGUUUAUGUAUGGUACACCUGUAUACGAAAUGCCUUAACUGCAUGCUGUACAGACGAGGUAGGAUAUUUCGUCCUGGGGAAUGGCGGUUCUCUUAUAAACGGAAGUACCUGGCGAUGAUUUAUGGGAACAAUCACAAUCUUGGCAAAAGUUCUUAUAGUAUUUUUAAUGCCUUAAUUUUGUUGUUAAGAUUUGCAAUAACAGAUUGUAAAGAAAAUUCAACGACUAAGUGUAUCUUAACAUCUACGCGUUGGUGUCCACUUGGAUUCGACUGUCCAUUAUUUGUGGACGAAGUACCUGGCGAUGAUUUGUGGGAACAGUCACGACCUUGUCAAAGUUCUUAUAAGAUUUUGAAUACCUUAAUUUUGUUGUUCAGAUUUGCAAUAAUAGAUUGUACAGGAAAUUCAACGACCAAGUAUAACUUAACAUCCACACAUUGGUGUCCACUUGGAAAUCGAUUGUCCACUGUAUGUGGACAAGGAAGAAGUUGAGCAGGCACAGGUGUAUAAUAGUAAGCGGGAGAUACUACAGAUUUGACCGAAAGUAUUUAGCGGCUCAGCCAUAAGUGUCCACAGACAAGAUAGUAUAGCUUUGACUCAGCUAUACAAACUCGACAGUGAGAAGGAUCUAUUUGGUGAGGAGGUUCAAGAGAGUUCCCACUGUACAACUUUAGAGCUCGACCACAUCGAGAGAGGCUCACAGUGAGAAUCUGGACUGAUGCUGGUCAAGUUUGUGCAACGUAAAUUUGGGGUCAGUGUGUAGAUUCUGAGAUUCAGUGUUAAGAGUCUGAUGCAAUAAUUUAUCAACUUGUUUGGUGCUAUAUCCAUCGAGAAAACAAUCCCUCCCAAGUUCUGAAGCUUUACGUCUUAUUAUACCGAAAACUAUAAUUUGGAAUAGGUUUACUACAAUAUUAAGUCACUGUUUUAAUUGUAAAUAGACAAACAGGGAAGCUACAUGAUGUUAUUUCAAUGCGAAGUUUGUGUCAGCCACAUUUCUAUGACACACUGUUUUAACUCAUAUAAUUUGGAAUAGAGUCACUACCAUAUUAAGUUACUGUUCUAAUUGUAAAUAGACAAAACAGGGAAGAUACAUGACGUUAUUUCAGUACCAGUGUUUCGGCUACAUAUGGAUUGUUACCCAGGCAUGCCACGUUGUUUUUUUUGAGUGCAAUUCCACCGAAACACAUUUCAAUUUUUUCACAUUGUCAUAAUAUUAUGACCUCUGUCGAAACAACCAGAGUAUUAUAGAAGUGAGUUAUGGUAACAUGAGGCUUCAUCGCUGGUGAGAAAGAAAUGGAAAGAAACGAGUUUCACACAAACACUGGCAGCAGAGAGUCUCUGCAACCAAUGUCUACAUCCAUUGUCACAGGAAGGAAGAAGGAAGGAAAUGUUUUACUUAACGAUGCAUUCAACACAUUUUAUUUACGGUUAUAUGGCGUCGGACAUAUGGUUAAGGAUGACACAGAUAUUGAGAGAGGAAACCCGCUG